UCCAUCUGGCUGCAAUUCUGCUUCUGUCCACCAGGUGGCCUCACUUAGGAAAGAGCAGGAUAAAAGGACCUCGAGCCUCUGAUGCUUUUUGUUGUUGUUGUUGUUUUUUAAGCUUGAGGUUAAAAAGAAUGAAAAAAAUAUUUUGAUGGAAACAUAUGUAACCCUUAGUAGGCAACAAACACCUCAUUUCCCUUGUGACUUGGAAUCUGUUUGUGAAGUAUCCUGUAACCCUCUGUAAGGCUGGACAGGUGCUCUCCUGGGAUGGUUUAAAUUUAGCCUUGGUUUAUCCUUUUGUCAUUUGCUGUUUACAGGAAAGUAACAAAAUCUUGCUUUUUAAAAAUAGGGACAUGAGAUCCUGGAUGAUGUCGAAUGUAUUUUCUUUGUGGAAUCGGGUAUUGAGACCAAAGAGGAAAGGGCUAGCAUCUUGUGGUCGCUGCAGUGCCCACUCCUCCUACUGUCUCCUCCCCACCUCCUCUGCCACCCACCUGGCCGCCAGCUGCUGCCUUGUACGUGUCCCCCCACUUGUCUGAGUUCCUGCACACUCUCUCCUCCAUACACGCACGCUGGCAUAUACAGAUUGGCAUGUUACACAACUGUGCAUGUGUCAGUACACGGACAGGUGUACAUCCGUAGUAGUAGGUGAGUGGAUAGGUGCUGAGGAUGGGGGCAGGCUGGCUGGGUGAGGGGACCUGCAGAUGACAAAGUCCAUGUGCAGGAGAGAGGCCGAGAAGGCAGGCGGCAGGAGGGAGUGAGGCCCCUGAUGGGGAGGCCAGCGUCCGGGAUGGGCCGCAUGCAGAGAGCAUUGCAAAGGCACGGGGAGCGUGCUGGCCGACAACGGAAGAAGAGCUUUUAAAACCGGCGCCGCCCUCUACCGAACGCUUCCUACCUCCUGUUAUGGCAUUUGUACUUUCUCAUUUCUCUAAGAAAUCAGUUCCAGUUUGGUUUUUACCGAUCUCCAGGGCCCUCUUUGGAGACGCCAGUUGGCACCAGAAAGUGCUGAACUGUUUACAGUCCCCGCCUAAGGUUCAGGGAGGGGAUGUGGUUUAACUGGGCCACAAAGCCGGUACAGGACUCAUUUGCAUGGCCCCUGACGCCAUGUGACGCAGCCGGCUCCUCCUAUAUAAAGAAGAAGGAGCCGAAAUAUCUCCGACUCUGGGUUGGACUGGCGGCCGUGGAGUUUGUGACACACUAGGUGACACCCCUCCAGUCACUUCCCUUCAACUCUGGAACGCCCGCCCGGCUUUUGGUCCGCUCGGCAGCCUUCGCCCCCCUCCUAGCCCCAGGGCCGGACGCGCAGAGCCCAGCCCCGUGCAGCGCGCCAGCCGUCGCCGGCCGCCCAGCCCGCCCAACCCAGCCCGCAGCCCGGCCAGAGCUCCCCGGCAGCCCGAGCCAUGAACACCGAAAUGUAUCAGACCCCCAUGGAGGUGGCGGUCUAUCAGCUGCACAAUUUCAACAUCUCCUUCUUCUCUUCCCUGCUUGGAGGGGAUGUGGUUUCCGUUAAGCUGGAUAACAGUGCCUCUGGAGCCAGCGUGGUGGCCAUAGACAACAAGAUCGAGCAGGCCAUGGAUCUGGUGAAGAACCAUCUGAUGUAUGCUGUGAGAGAGGAGGUGGAGAUCCUGAAGGAGCAGAUCCGGGAGCUGGUGGAGAAGAACUCCCAGCUGGAGCGUGAGAACACUCUCUUGAAGACCCUGGCGAGCCCAGAGCAGCUGGAGAAGUUCCAGUCCCGGCUGAGCCCUGAGGAGCCAGCUCCCGAAACCCCAGAAGCGCCCGAGGCCCCUGGUGGUUCUGCGGUGUAAGUGGCUCUGUCCUCAGGGUGGGCAGAGCCACGAAAUUUGUUCUACCUAGUUCUUUCUGGUUUGUUUUUGGCUCCCCAAGCGUCAUCUCACGUGGAGAACUUUUACACCUAGCAUAGCUGGUGCCAAGAGAUGUCCCAAGGACAUGGCCACCUGGGUCCACUCCAGUGACAGACCCCUGACAAAGCGCAGGUCUCUGGAGGCUGAGUUGCAUGGGGCCUCCUCACCCCAAGCCAGUGAGCCUCUAACGCCACCGCGCCCGGGGGAGGGGGGGGUGCUCCCAGGGCCUGGGCAACUUAGCUGCAGCUGGCAAAGGGGAAAGGUAGUUUGAGACGGGCUGCCAGUUUGCUCCAGAAAGUAUAAGGGGUCUGUUUAUCCAUUUCCAUGGACAUCUUCAACAGCUUCAUCUGACAACGACUGUUCCGAUGAAGCAGCCACUUGUGUUUUAAGCAGAGGCAACCUCUCUCUCCUCCCCUGCCUCGCCAAGGCAGGACCACGGUUGGGAGAGUUUGAGCCAAGUCAGCCUUCUGUUGGUUAACAUGGUGUAAUGCAUGGCUUUGGGCACAGCCCAGUGUGGGAUUACGGCUUUGGGAUGACCGCUUACAAAGUUCUGUUUGGUUAGUGUUGGCAUCGUUUUUCUAUAUAGCCAUACAUGCGUAUACAUACCCAUAGGGCUAGAUCUGUAUCUUAGUGUAGCGACGUAUACAUAAGACACCUACACCCACGUGUUGAAGGGCCUAACCAGCUUUGGGAGUACUGACUGGUCCCUUAUCUCGUAAGGCUAAUUCUUUUGACUGUGUUCAUUCACCACGUUGAUCCAUUUUGUCCUUUAGGUUAAGUAAAACUAAAAGAGUAAAGGCAGGGAGGGGGGCCAGCCUCCGAAUGCCUUGCUGCUGCACCCCUUGCCCCGUCUGUCCCCUGAAGGCGUGUGAGGUCCUCUUUUGAACGCCAAACCCACCAUUCACUGGUGCUGACUACAUAGAAUGGGGUUGAGAGAAGAUCAGCUGGGACUUCACAUCGUCAUUCGAAAACUUUUUUUUUUUUUUUUUUAUGUUUGUGGAAAACUUUCAAGUGAGCAGAACAACUAGCUUGCAGGUGUCCUCUUGCGGAUAAGGGGUGGACAAGGGAAUGGCUUUGACCCGACAGUGCCUGGGUAAUGUGCUCAGGGAGCUUGUCUCUAGGGAGUUCUGUGGCCGUGAACACUUUCCACUUUCCGACACCUUAUCCUGAUGUUAUGUCUCCAGGAUUUGGAUUUUGAUUUUUCAAAUGUAGCUUGAAAUUUCAAUAAACUUUGCUCUUUUUUUUUCUAAAAAUAAA